UAAAUUGAUGUAGACGCCUACACUUGGCCUACACCACUGCUUGCCUACACUUGUGGCUCUGUCUGAAAGUGAUACAGCAGGAAUACUCUCUGAGUUUGUAGUCAUGGUGACUGUGGAGAUAUAUGAGUUUGUAAGACUAUUCUUUGAGGUUCCGAUCUACCACUUAAUAUUGGAGGCGGUGCUCAUCAUCUGGGUGCUUAGUCUGAUUCUGAAAAGGACUAAAAAAUCCAAGUCCUCGUUAUCAGAGAAGGCCAGCCUGUGGGAUAGGCUCUCUGAGCAUGAGAAGGAAGAGCUCAUUCAGGAGUGGACUCCUGAGCCCCUGGUGCCUGAUGACGCUGACCUGAACCCCAUCAAAUAUGACGUCAUUCAAGGAAAGGUGGGGAAGCACGUGACUAUUGGCGGCCGCCAGUACCUGAACGCUGCCACGCACAACUUCCUGGGAAUGGUCGGCGACGACCGGGUGGAGGAGGCGGCCGUUCGUUGUCUGCGCAAGUACGGCGUCGGCUCGUGCGGGCCGCGCGCCUUCUACGGAACCAUCGACGUGCACCUGGACCUGGAGAAGCGCGUCACCCAGUUCCUGGGCACCGAGGAGGCGGUGCUGUACUCGCUGGGAUUCUCCACUGUGGCCAGCGCCAUACCCGCCUACGCCAAACGCUCGGACGUCAUCUUCGCAGACGAGGCGGUGUGUUUCGCCAUCCAGAAGGGUCUGCAGGCGUCCCGCAGUGAGAUACGCUACUUCCGCCACAACGACACCGCCCACCUGGAGCAGCUGAUCGAGGAGCACAACAAGGCCAGCAAAAAGCUGAAGCCGAAGCAGGCGGCGCUGGUGCGUCGCUUCCUGGUGGUGGAGGGUAUAUACGCCAACACAGGCGCCGUGUGCCCCCUGCCCGAGCUGCUGCGACUCAAGGAGGCCCACAAGCUGCGCUUGUUCGUGGACGAGUCGCUGUCGUUCGGAGUGCUGGGAGAUACCGGACGCGGGCUCACCGAACACUUUGGAGUCACGGCUCGCGACGUGGACCUGAUCUGUGUCAGCAUGGAGGCGUCGCUGGGCUCGGUGGGUGGAUUUACCACCGGCUCCUUCUACGUGGCCGACCACCAGCGGCUCAGCGGACAGGGUUACGUGUUCUCAGCCGCCCUGGCGCCGCUGUGCGCUGCCGCUGCCAUGUGUGUCAUCGACCAGCUGGACGAACAGCCCGAGAUGACGGCCAAGCUGCGCAGCGUCUGCCGGGCCAUGCACAAGGCGCUGGCAAACAUCGACGGUCUGGAGCUGUGCGGUGACGAGGUCUCGCCGGUCAAGUUCUUGCAGCUGUCCAAGCCGCGGCUGGAGCGGCAGCAGUCCGAGGCCGUCCUUCAGCACAUCGUGGACCAGUGCCGGGAGGCCGGUAUCGCGCUGACGCGGGCCCACUACCUGGAGCCGGAGGAGCACCGCCUGCCUCCGCCGGCCAUCCGCGUCACCUGCAAUAGACUGAUGGAGCCAGAGGACAUCCGCAGCAUCGAGACAGCGCUGUCCAGGGCGGCCGGAGCCGUCCUUGGAUAGAUGGUCUGAACCUGUCCGGUCUGACCCGACCCGGUCAGACACCUGGCCCAGUUCGGCCUGACCUCAGCCAGUCCUGCUUGACCUCACUCGGCCUGGUCUGACCAGCUCACCUGGUCGUGACGUCCAGUCAAUGAAUAACGAGCGAUCGAGAGACGUGAGCACAAGAGCGAUGCUGUGACACUAAAGGCAUCAGACAUUGGGUAUGGGAACAUGGGGACUAAACUGGGAGUCAUGGGACGGUGCGGCUGCGGUAACUGCUGUAUGGGAGAGAAGAACUGUUAGUCGAUGGGUUCGUUAGUGCUUUGAGAUUAGCCUGGGAUACUCCCAAAACACCGUCCGUUGGGACUGUAUGGCGGUUCAGCUGAUGGGUUGACGGAUAUUGAAGGUAUAGAAGAAGGAAGGGUAGAGAAGGGUGUACUUACCACAUACCAACCUGCGUUCUGGGACUAACAGGGAUGUCGGUUAAUAGGUGGAUUGUAGCGAUGUGUGGUGAUUAUAAUGACCAGAGCUGGGCAAGUGCGUUCCUUUAGUGCGUUCCUGCGUUCUUCCGUACGUACGCACCACCCUUUUUAGGAACGCAAGAACGCAGGAACGCAAAGUUUUUCAAAGGAACGCAAGUAAGAGGAACGCACCACCCGAAAUUUUGAAGCGUUCCUGCGUUCUUGCGGAACCACCCGAAAAAUUAUAUUGCUGCCAAUGACCUCUGUGUCAAAUGUUUGAAUCUCGAGUACGUGUGUUUGCCGGUAGAGGCGCCACUUGUUAGUCGAAUCGAGGAAGGCUUGCUUAGAUUUAGUGGUGAUGUUUACUAUUCGAUUCGGUUUCAGGCAUUAAAGAUUUUUAGUGGUGAUGUUUACUAUUCGAUUCAGUUUCAGGCAUUAAAUGUGUAGAGUAAAUAUGAUAACUUUUACUAAGAUACAUCUUUUAACUAAACUAUUGUUUUUAAGCAGGUCGUAUUUUUGUUGAAAACCCUACGGAUGAUAUUGGUAAAACGUAUUUCAGAUAUUCGAUUCGGAAAAGAGAUGUCGAGUUGCUUUUCGGCCCCACGUCGCCAUUCUGGGUAUUCUGUGAUCGAUUCGCCCCGUGUUUGGUUGGGCCCGCGCCGCGUGGUUCGGCGGUAUUUUUUAGGGAGGAACGCAGGAACGCAGGAACGCUAACGCACCGAACGAAAAAAAAUUGAGGAACGCUAUUCCAGGAACGCACUAACCGCGGCCGGAGGAACGCAGGAACGCUAACGCACUACCGAAAAUCGAGGAACGCGCCCAGCUCUGAUAAUGACACUGCCAACUGCACCGAUUGUGAAUGUGAUGUGUCCUUCGCAUCCAGCAGUCCUGGAAAACAGGUGGUGCCUGUUACUUCGCUAGGUGCCAUUGCAGCCAUGUAACAACCUCUGGGUGCCAGCUGGCUGACGGGACCGAAGUGUCCCUACGUCCGCGUGCCUCGGGUGUUAUGUCUCUGUGGGUGGGGUUACCGGUCGGGAAAUCGAAAACGCAUCAUAUAUGUCGGGUUUUCGAGUGAUUUACUACACGCACGCACACUGCACACGGCUGAGCGUUGUUUGCUGGAGGUGUUCAGUUGUGUCGCCACAAGACGAUGGCGUCAGGGUGCCUUUGCGAGUUCAUAAUACCGCGCACAUACAUUUGAACGGUGGUGUCGGAGGGUUUAUACACUCGUUUAGCGGCCAGUGUGCUUUUUCACAAUGGUCACGCCGCAGCCUUUUUCGAAGCACAGCCUUGAUUUUCUGCGAUGUGCCGUGCCUUAUUGCUUGUUAUGGAACCUUACGAAUCAAGUGUGGUAACUUUUGCACGAGCUUGUUACGCUUCCAUGUAUCGCAUUCGUCAUGUUUUGCAGGUUUUCUUACAUUUGUUUUGUAUUCCGUUCUGCAUAUGACAUAUCUUUUGUUACCAAUAACGUUUUGAUGAACGCUUGGUAUGUUCAUCAUGUUCAUCUACUCGUAUGUUUGGUCUCAAACUAGGCAUUUGAUUCGAUGUUACUGCUUCCGCUAUUACUGUUGUGUAUGCAUAGGUAUAGGUACAUAUGUGUGCCUGACUUGAAAUAUUUCAGAUUUGCUUAGGUUGAUUCUGCAAUUAUGUUACUAGAAUAUAAAUGGCACGACCGUCGUGGAAUAUCGUAUUUAUCGUCGUCACAUUGUGUAUAUCGUUGGGACGUGACAGUUACUUUCGUUUGCACGAGAAUGGCCCUCAAAGUGCCGGAAGCCUGCUCUGAAAGUGCGAAUCCCGUUUAGUAUUGCAUACUGUUUAUUGAACUGUAAUUUGGCCCAACUUAAUUUCUUGACUUGAUAUUUGGUGUUGUGUAAUGUGUAAUAGAUUAUG